UACAGGUUAAGUAGGUGCCUACGGAUUAUCCAGCAAAGACGAGGACAUUUAGCUCUGAUCAGACACAUUAAUCUGAAAUCAUGUUUAAACUAGAGGGACUCGGACCUAAACUGGAUCCAGAGGAGAUGAAGAGAAAGAUGCGGGAGGAUGUGAUAUCAUCCGUGCGGAAUUUUCUCAUCUAUGUUGCUCUCCUCAGAGUCACUCCAUAUGUGUUGAAGAAGUUGGAUAGCAUAUAAAACACUGACUGUGAUUUGGAUCAGCAGCUGAACACAUGAAAACCUCAUCCUACUUUACCUGUACAUCCACCCAUCCAUCCAUCAGAGGAGCUGUGGGAACAUCAAUCAUCAAUCCUUUUUAUUUCUUGGAUGUUCUUCUAAUUUAAGUUUAAGUUUUGCACUUCUGUUAUUGUUUAAGUAUACGAGACUGUAGGUCUGUAGGAAUAUGAUGGACUAUUGUGACGAUUACUUAACAUGGACUAAGUAAUAAACAUCUGAUGUUACACAAUCAAAAAUCUUAUUUGUAAUAAAAUGUCAUAUUAA